UACUACUACUACUAGUAUAGAGGGUAUGUUCAGCACUUUGCCAGAUGAAAUUCUAGGCAGCAUAGUUUCAUUUCUGCCAAAAGAAUCUGCACUUGAAACCAGUCUCAUUUCCAAAAGAUGGAGACAACUCUGGAACCAAGUUCUUCUUGCACAUGGAUCCUUACAUGAUAUUACUGCCGUCCUUGCCAAAUUCCUGGCCAAUUUUGAGGAGCAUGAUCCAUUGAAGCAUCCGAGGAAGCUUCACUUUCAAUAUGUUCAUCAUCAAGAACAAGAAGAAGAUAGUGUUAUGUUGGCAACUAUUGCAACCAACAGUAAACUCCUCCUUGAUUUCUCUGUUUCUGAUGAUAUUAAUCACAAAGAACUCGAAGCGCGCUACGAUCUUCAGCUUAUAAUGCCACAAAAACAUGUUCCAUCAUCACCAUCAUCAUCCACUUUCUUGGUGAAAACACUUCAUUUGAAAUCAGUGAGGGAUUUGACAAGUGUGGUAGUUUCUUCUAUUGUUUCAAAUUUGGAGCACCUUGAGAACUUGGUAAUCAGUGAGUGCAGUGGAUUGAAGUCUUUGUUGAUUGAGUCUGAAUCCAAGCUUCACAAGUUGAGCAUCUUAGAUUGCCUGCACCUCAAGUAUCUCCAUCUAAGAACUUCUAAGCUUAAAUCUUUCAGAUACCGCGGUCUUCUUCCUCGGAUUUGGCCAGAAUCACACUUCAACUUGACUCAUGCCAAGCUUGAUUUCAGGCUAGGUCCAAUUAGCAGUGACUUCAGGUCAGAAGAUUUCGAUGAAUCGCUAUUAACCAUAAAGAAUUCCAAAGUUCUUACCCUAUGUCAAUGGACUUUUGAGGCACUGAUAUGGCCAUCAAUUUCUCCUUCAAGUUGUAACUUCAUAUUCUACAAAUUAAAAGAGUUGUGUUGGAUUGGAAGUCAUAAGGAUGAAAACAGCAUCAAUGCCUUAGUCUCUUUCUUGAAAUUAUGCCCUGCCUUGGAGCAACUUUCUUUUAAGAUUGAUCCUAAGAGCUAUUCAUAUUGGGGUUCAAGAACAAAGUUCUCAUGCUUUAAGCAAGCAACUAAGUACAAGGAACUGCAACAUCUAAAGCUGAUAAGGUUAAUGGGAUUUACAAAUAGAGUGGAGGAAAUAUCAGUAGCAAAAACAUUAGUUGGACUAGUAGCCAUGAGUGGAAAGGUUCCAAAGAUAGAAGCAUCAGAUGGGACUCACAUAGAGUAAGGAGAAUAUAGACAAGUAAAUUUUCUUAGCUUGAGAUGGUCCAUGGUUUUUGUAAAAUUGAAUUGAAUACAUGUGAUAAGGCUGCAGUUUUGAGCCGUACAAUUAAACAGCUUGUAGGUGGCACCACCAUAUUCCUGGACAUCAUAUUUUUCCUGAAAGGAAGUUAAUGCUUGGGACAACAAUGCUUUUCACUCAUUGAAUUGUCUGUUCCAAUGUUUUGUUGCUCCUAUUGCCAUUCACUAUAUUUGUAGUGAUGUGAUAACAUGCAUAGCUGUUCUUUUGAACAAAGCCAAAUUACUUUUUGUAAAA